UAAAAUGUCUGGCUGUCACUGAAUGUUGAAAAAUCUGGAAACAAUAAAUUUUAUCUAGAAUAAAUAAUAAUGGCUAGCAUAGAACUCGAUAUAUGGCGAGGAGAAUGGGGCCUUGCUUCAAUAGAUUUAGAGUGUUUGAAGGUUUUGACUUAUAUGAAAUUUAUUGGAGUACCUGUGAGGGUUCGGGAAGCGAACAAUCCAUUUUUCACACCAAAAGGCACGCUACCUGUCAUGAGAGACGGGCGCAAAGUGCUUACAAAUUUUGAAGAAGUUGUAGAAUAUUUGAAAUCUUUGCAUUACAGCACGGAUGUCCAUCUAAACUCAAAACAGGCCGCAGAAGCGAGCGCAUUCACACAAUACCUCCGAGACAAGCUGUACCCUGCAUACCAGUAUGCAUGGUGGGUGGACGAGAAGAACUAUGGAGAAAUGACCCGACCAGCAUAUGCUAGAGCUCUACGCAUUCCCUUCAACUUCUACUACCCUUCAAAGUAUCAGAAUAAUGCUAAAGAAAUGAUUGAUGCCCUGUAUGGAGAACAUACAGACCUUAGAGAAAUUGAAAAGACGAUAUACAGUGAAGCAGAAAAGUGCCUUAAAACUUUAUCGGACCGGCUAGGAGAGAGCGAGUACUUCUUUGGCAACCGGCCAUCGUCAUUCGACGCAACAGUCUUCGCUUAUGUCGCGCCAUUGGUGAAGGCGCCCUUCCCUAACGCGACGCUUGCUAACUCCGUCAAAGGCAUCGCCAAUCUUACUAGAUUCGUCGCCAGAAUCAACCAGAAGAACUUCAGGCAUGUUACAGAUGAGUACAAUCGUCAAAACAAGAAGCAUUCUACGGGCACGCAGUCUGAGCGUGAGGCAGCUAACUUCCCCAACCAGACGCGGAAUAAGAUCCUCGCGGCGCUGUUCGCCGCGUUCGCUAUGACGGGCUACGCCAUGGCCAAUGGGAUGUUUCAAGACUUGAAAGAUUUCGAACAUUCCCAAGAUUACAACGACAUGUUUGAGAAUGACGAGGACGAUAACUGACGGUACGCCGCCCGAGCGUCGUGAUAAGGGAGGACUACGCCGGAAGGGGCCACUACAGAUGUACCUACACAUAAAGUAGAAAACCUUACCAAAAAAAGUAGGAAUAAUCUACCGUACUAACUAUAUUUUUUGACCCUGGUAAUAUUCAGUAAUACAUGGUAAUGUGAUUGGUUGAAUGUGAAACAAUGUUGCCAUUUAAGCUCAAGGAUUCCUACUCUUUUUGGCUCUGUACUUUUUGGUCCCACAGCUUGCCAAAAUUGCAAACGUUUCCGAAAUUAUACGGAGAUUUGGGAAAUAUAAUAUUUUCGUAGACAAAUAUGGUAACCUGUAAUUUAUUAGAAGAGUAAUUAUUAUGUAUAUGGUUGUGUCUAAUAUCCGUGUUAGUAUGGAUGUUGCUUGCAAUUUUGGCUAACUGUUGAAUCGGAAUAGCUAUAUUAGUUUAUGUAAACUAUUUAUUCACAAUAAAAAUUACCGCAGUUGCCUGCUUCAGUACACAGAAAUGCUGUAUGCUAAAGUUAGUUGUGUAAAAUUCAAUUGUAUGACGAGUAUUGGUUUUGUAAGGAAAUUUAUCCGGGGAGUGACUUUGUAACAGUAUAUUUUUACGAUGCAUAUUUUUAUAAAUCGUGGCGAAUGGCUCCUUCCGAGUAAAGCUGCAGUUUUAAAGCCACGACUGGAGUUGUAGAGGGACGAUAGUGACUUGCAGUAUAAAUUUUAUUUUUAAAAGUUCCUACUGUACCAAUAUAUUCCAAUACAUUUGUAUUUGGGACAUAUUUUUAUUGAACCGUUAAAAAUGCUGGCAUUUUAAUUGCAUUCUUAUUAAACUGGUCAGAUUGAAACGAACCAAAUAUUGUCUGCUGUUUCAUUUAAGAAUUUAGGUUUGAUAUUUUAAUUUUACGACGUAUGAGUAAAAAAAUAUUUUACUAAUUGUUCAAGUCGCUAAGAAUAGUCUCAAAAUGUAUAGUAAUUAUAAUGAUGCAUUUAAUGUAGACAUUUUUAAUAAGGGUUUUAAUGUAAAUUUAUGUGUCGCCUUAUGAAAGUUAUCGGCUCAAUUGUGCGCAUGUUCUGAAUGAAGCACUGCUUGUUUUCUUAACUGUAGGGCUAUUUAGGUAUUCUAUUUGGGUAACUAAAACUGUUAUCUAGUAUCUGGUGUUAUUGUUUCUUAUCAGAUGCUAGAAUGCCCUUUUGAGUUGCAUUGUGUUAGCAUUUGAAUGUACUAUCAUCGAAAAAGUGGAUAGUCUAUUGUAAAGUGAACUAAAAUUGUUAUUAAUCAAGAUUUUAUUGUAAAAUAUUUGGUGUCGUGACGGUAUUUUUUUUGGCUAAAUUGUAUAGUUCAGUAAUAAGAGUUUGGAAAGUCGGUCACUUUUUUGUUAGAUGGUACUUGGAGUGAGAAAUGCAUUGCCUAGUUAGUAGAGAAUGUUCCAUGCUUUCCGUAGCGUCGUUAGAGAGUGUAUUUGAGUUCGAAUGAAUUGUUUGUUCGGUAACUUAUUCAAGUGAGCAUGAAUAAACAUAUUGUUGGUUGA